AUGCCUUCAACUACACUAAUGCUUGCUGCUCUGCUACUCCUGCCUUCAGUCUAUGCAAAUCAACAGAUUUCGUUCACUUCUCACAGGCAGUUUGACCUACAGCACCCGGACCAUUUACCGCUAACGAAAGAUAACGAUGGGGCUCAGAAUACAUAUUUCAAUCCCACUAAUACUUAUCCACUACCGUCACAAGCAGUCCAUUUAAAAUCGCAGCCUACACUCAUCUACCGCCCUCGGUCCGUGGACGUUCUCCAUCGAACCAGGCUACGAUCUCUACAACAUGCUGAAAGUGGACUUGAACCAGUUUUGUGGGACUUGGUAGAAGUGGAGGGACCUGCAGUUGAGGAUCUCCAUACGUUAUCACAGCUGGCUCGUAUGUCGGGUAAUGCGUAUGCUUUGCCUGGACAGAAGAAUUGGUACGAGGUUGAUCAUGCUUGGAACAGGAGUUUCCCAUUUGGUUGGGAAGAAUCUGAUGGGUUCAGAGGACAUGUUUUUCAGUCUUCCGAUAAUUCGACCAUCGUCCUAUCUAUUAAGGGAACUACCCUUCAAGGUCCCACCUCCAAACUAGAUAAAUUCAAUGACAAUCUAUUAUUUUCUUGCUGCUGUGCAAGAGUUGACAUAUCAUGGGUGUUUAGUACCGUAUGUGAUUGUUACGCGAAGAACUUCAGAUGCGAUAAUCAAUGCCUCACGGAUGCCCUCAUUCAAGACAGUCUUUUCUAUUCGAUUGGUGUUAAACUCAUAGACGACCUGCUUAAAAUAUAUCCAGGGGCCAAUGUUUGGCUCGUCGGUCAUUCAUUGGGAGGUUCAUUGGCAAGUCUCUUGGGGGCCACAUAUGGUCUUCCAGCAGUAGCAUUUGAAUCUCCAGGCGAACGUCUCGCAGCGACUCGUUUACACCUGCCACUACCCCCGCCAAUGUCCGCGCCUCCUCUUCCCUCUCCGGUCUCUACUUGGAAGUUCGGCAUCCCUCAUAUCAAAUUUCCAUUCCCAUUCCCGGGGCAUUCGCCAUCAAAUGAACCCUCUAUACCUAUACCCACUACUCCUGCGCCUCCUCCGAGAUUGCCUGCUCAUCACAUUGCCACGACGCAUGUGUAUCACAAUGCCGACCCUAUACCUCAGGGAGCAUGCACAGGGAUAGGCUCGCCUUGCGCGCAGGCUGGUUUUGCCCUUGAGACGCGAUGCCACCUGGGACAAACUAUUCUGUUUGACACUGUCAAUAAACUUGGGUGGGGCGUGGAUGUCAGGAAACAUGUUAUUAGAGAAGUUGUUACGAAGGUUCUGGAAGGUGAUGUAUGGUGGGGAGAGGAUGACGAUGAACCGGACGGGAACCCAGAAGAUGGGCAGGAUGACGAGGAUGACGACUGGACAAUAAUCAAGUCAUUCAAGAAUAAGAAAGGAAAGCACAAAGACAAGAAGGGCAGAGAAGGACCCAGUCCUGUGCCGAAACCUUUCAUAGAAGAAGAUUGUGUGGAAUGCUUCAAGUGGGAAUUUGGAGAUUUCAAAGAUCGAGAGAAGGACGUGUUAUGA